UAACAGCGUCCAUCGUUACCUGUAACUACCAUCGCUCUUUUCAUCGCUUCUGAUAUCAUCAAAGAAAUGCUUCUAACAUCAACAAUCAAAUCAUACAUUUGCUUAAAUAUACGAUUAUGAAUUUGUUAUACUAUUUCAUAGUUGUAAUACUAACGAGUAGCGUCCUGCGUGGCGGCCCUGGUGGACGCCGUCUUGGUAAACAAGACGGUGUUGGUGUACAAGCGCUAGUUGUCGGACACCCUCUUGUCGUCGGACACGAGGGUGUGGAUGUCGCGGAGAGAGCAGGUGGACUCCGUCGUGUUCCAGGUGACCACCAGAGAGAUGGUCUUCUCCAGCCAGCUGUUGGAUACCCUCAUGUAUAUCACAGCUACUACGAGGAUGAUCAUCUGUCAGACGAUGAUCUGUCAGACGAUGAUCUGUCAGACGAUGACUUCUGGGACGACUUCUGGGGUGACCUCUUCUCAGACGACGACUCAGACAUGUCGGACUCAGACAUGUCGGACUCAGACAUGUCGGACUCAGACGAUGACGACGACGGCUUCUACGAUUACUACCGUCACCAAACUCUCUGGGAUCCUCCCGUCACCUAUCGUGACGGGAGGCAGGGAGCCGGGAGUGGACAGGUCCUAGCCAAGGUGGACAAAGGCUCUCUUACUGCCAGUGACGAAGCUCUGGAGGCAGAGAGCCAGGCUCAGGAGAGGCUGCCAGACUCCAGUGUGCUGGUCAACGAGGCUCAGAUAAGAUCUUCCAUGGAAGAAAAAGAACAGAGGGAAGCUCUGGUAAGAUCCUUGAAAGAAGAAAGAGAGCCGAAGGAGGCUCAGAAAAGAUCCUUUGAGGAGGAAAAACAGCAGAAUAAAGCUUUCUUACGAUCCUUGAGGGAGGAGAAGGAGACUCAGCAAGGAAGAUCCUUGGAGGAGAAAGAGGAGAGGGAUGCUCUGCUAAGAUCCUUGAAGAAGGAAAAAGAGGAGAAGGAGGCUUUGCAAAGAUCCUUGAAGGAGAUAGAAGACCAGAAGGCGGCUCUGGAAAAUGCCUUGUUGUUAGAAAAAGGGCGUAGGCAGGAGGUGGAAGAUAAGGUGGAAGACUUAACGGUGUAUACUCAGAGACUAGAAGACAACAGGAAGUUGGUCAAAAAUGUCCUGGAGGCCAGAGACCUAAAUAUUCAACAACUCCAGAAGAAUAUUGGGCUGUUGAAAAAUAUGGUAAAAGAUGGCGAAGCCUGCCACAAUUUCCUGCCAUUGUUGGAGCAGGAAUUGUCUCAGUGCAAAGGUGAAAAAGAAUCAAAUAUCAAAACGCUUGACAGCAUAAAAAUUGAGUUGUUGGACCUCCAGAAUAUCUUCCUGGAGCUUGGAGUGGAGGUUGAUUCUCUCAACCAAGUGCUGGAAGAGAAGGACAAAGAGUUGAAGGCCAUGUCAGAGGACUGUUGUGACGAAGACGUAGAUGUGUUACGAGCGGAACAUGGUUUACUGAAGCAUUAUCUGAGCCAAGCAAAUGUACAACUGGGCACGGAAUCUCUUGAAAUCAAACGUUUGAGAGGAGAGGUCGAAAAAUAUUACAAACUUCAAGUGAAGUUCAAGGAAGAGAAUGAAGGCCUCGUGAAUGACAUUAAGAUUGCUGAGCGGGAAAAAGAGGCCUUAAAUAAAGCAAUAGAAGCUCAAGAGAAACAAAUCCACCAGUUCAGAGCUUCGUUACAAAGGGAGAAAAAUGACCACUUAAGCACCAGGUUUAAACUUAAGUUAAUGACCCACGUGGAGAGAGAGAAACGGAGAAAAUUGUUAGACCACUGGAUGUUUCACCCCAUCACUCUAUAUAUAUCAGGUGGUGUCUUAAUUUUGCUGCGCUUGGUGAUCCCCUUACUUCAAGACUGGUACCUGUCUCUUUGUAGGUUAUACCUCAGUUAUAUCUGAGGAAGAACUUCACCCUACUGCUGGGGUGUUAGGUACAAGAUUUCACCCUACUGCUGGGGUGUUAGAUACAAGACUUCACGCUACUGCUGGGGUGCUAGGUACAAGACUCACCCUACUGCUGGGGUGUUAGGUACAAGACUCACCCUACUGCUGGGGUGUUAGGUACAAGACUCACCCUGUGCUACUGGGGUGUAGCUACAACAUGACUCACUUCCUGCUACUUGGGUGUAAUUUUUUU